CCCCUCCUCCCCUCUCGCGCAGCGCGCAUUGUUGUCCUUUAGCGAUUGGUUGUUGGACCAGAAACAGCGGUGCAGAGCCGAGCCGGGUAGUGGGGCUGUGGACCUGAAUGCAGGUUAGCGGGCUGGCAGUGACUGACACCGGGGGCUCGAGGGACAGCGAGGAAGAGCCGGAGACGCCCUCGCUGCGUGGACCAGGUGCCCGGGCGUUUGUGGCUGUCGGCGGAGCUCCGGGUGGCGCCCCCUCCCCCGGAUCUAGCUGCCUCCGGGAUUGGCGCAGGUGGGCAAGGCAGGGCACUGCAGACUGCCCUGUUCCCACCGAGCGGUUUCUCUCCCUUUCUGCAAGCGGGAGGCGCCAUCCUAAAAAGAUGUAAAUAUCCAAGCGCUGACUCCUGGCUGGGGAACCAGCCAAGUCCCAGAGCCGCCGCAGGGUGUUUUACAUGAAAAUGAGAAGCUUGACAGGAUCCGUGCUCUAACUUAAGGCAGCUCGGUGAUUAGCAUGAGGCUGAGCGGCUUCCCGGCUUCCUGUACUUCAAUAGCCAUUCUGCGCGCUCGCGACUGAGCAGCGGUGUCGCCGUGCGGGUGGCGAUCGGCAGGCUCCGCAUCCUUGGCAGCCAUGGCUCCCGUCGCCGCCGCGGCCAGUAAGUAGGAGCAUGCCUAUGUAGGGGGGCACAUGCGUGUCGGCGCGCGCGCGCACACACGUACACGCACACACGCACGCACACCACCCUGAGCCUUGGAAGGAGGAAGAUCGACGAGGCGCUGCAGUCGCGAGGACUCUUCCUGGAUUCGUCAGGGGCCCGCCGCCGCAGCUGCUGACUGCAGAGCCUGCUCGGAUCCUGUGUACACGCGCCCCCAUCCGAGCCUCUGUAAUGAAGACUGCCUCCCGAGGACUGCAGGGGAGGCAGAGCCAGCCCGCGCCCGGGACUGCGGGCCGCGCGGCUGAUAGGCCCAGGGGGACACGACUUGGACACUGUCAUCCCCACGCCUCGCUCUGAGCCGCUCGGUGCGGAGAGGGUCUGCCGCCGCCCCUCCGGCUUCCCGGGCGCCCGAUCCCGGGUCACCCCCGGAGGCCUGGGCUUCCUCAUUUGUUUGGGUCUUUUGUGCCGUGGCUCACAGUUGGCUAAGCACUCCUGCGCUGAAUCGGGCCAUUGUCUGCGCUCCCAUUGCUUUCACGCUGCAAGUCUCGGCGCCCUCACCCCGCCCGCCCCCUCCCCGCCUCCUCCUGGCCGGGGAGCCUCCUAACGUGCCUUUCCCCCCAGGAAUCUGGAAGCUAUAAGCCGGGCGGAUUGCAAAUGAAGUGUAAUGCAUUGUGGGACGUGUGUAAAAUCGGAGCCUUCGCUGUGGGGGGGUGUGGGGGCGUGGGGAGGGCCGGACCCGCCGCUGGCGGUGUAGACGCCGACGAGGAGGGGCUGGGAAAAUGCGCGCAGAGUCCGCCCGGGUCGUGCCCGCCGUAGACGGAUGAAGCCGCGCGCUGCGCCCCGGCGCUGAGGCCCCGAGGAUCGGGGCAGCGGGUCGCCCUCCCCACCAUGAAGAAGACCCGGAGCACAACCUUGCGGCGAGCCUGGCCUAGCUCGGAUUUCUCGGACCGGGCCUCGGACCGCAUGAGGUCCCGCAGCGAGAAGGACUACCGCCUGCACAAGCGCUUCCCCGCGGCCUUCGCGCCCCAGGCUUCGCGGGGCUACAUGACAUCAGGUGAUGUGUCACCAAUCAGUAUGUCUCCCAUCAGUCAAUCUCAGUUUAUCCCACUCGGGGAAAUCCUUUGCUUGGCCAUCUCCGCAAUGAACUCGGCAAGAAAACCUGUCACCCAAGAAGCACUGAUGGAGCACCUGACCACCUGUUUCCCAGGUGUUCCCACCCCAAGCCAAGAAAUUCUCCGGCAUACGCUGAACACGCUGGUCCGGGAGCGGAAGAUCUACCCGACUCCAGAUGGCUACUUCAUCGUAACCCCGCAGACCUAUUUCAUAACUCCUUCCCUCAUAAGAACUAACAGUAAAUGGUACCAUUUGGAUGAGAGGAUACCUGACAGGUCUCAGUGUACCUCUCCCCAGCCCGGGACCAUCACGCCCUCUGCCUCAGGCUGCGUCAGGGAAAGAACGUUGCCCAGGAACCACUGCGACUCUUGCCACUGCUGUAGGGAAGAUGUGCACGGCGUGCACACGGCCACCCUGCAGAGGAAGACCGCCAAGGACUGCAAAGACCCGUACUGCCCUCCUUCCCUCUGCCAGGUGCCACCCACUGAAAAGAGCAAAAAUACUGUCAACUUUUCGUAUAAGACGGAAACUCUCUCCAAACCUAAAGAUAGUGAAAAGCAGUCCAAAAAAUUCGGACUCAAGUUAUUCCGGCUCAGUUUUAAAAAAGACAAGACCAAACAGCUAGCCAAUUUUUCCGCCCAGUUUCCUCCCGAAGAGUGGCCCCUGCGAGAUGAGGACACGCCAACUACUAUCCCUCGGGAGGUGGAAAUGGAGAUCAUUAGGCGUAUUAACCCAGACUUGACCGUGGAAAAUGUCAUGAGGCACACUGCACUAAUGAAGAAACUUGAAGAAGAGAAAGCGCAUAGGAGUAAAGCCGGGUCCUCUGCCCAUCACAGCGGAAGAAGUAAAAAGAGUCGGACUCAUCGCAAGUCCCACGGAAAGUCUCGGUCGCACAGCAAGACGCGAGUGUCCAAAGGAGACCCGUCAGAUGGCUCCCAUCUGGACAUCCCGGGUGAAAGAGAGUAUGACUUUUGCGAUCCUCUUACCAGGGCUCCCCGGGAAGGCUGCUUCAUCAUCGAACACAAAGGUGAUAACUUCAUCAUGCAUAGCAAUGCGAACGUGAUUGAGUCUCAUUUCCCCAUGACUCCGGAAUGGGACGUGUCUGGGGAACUGGCCAAAAGGAGAACUGAGAUGCCUUUUCCUGAGCCUUCCCGGGGAAGCUCCCACUCAAAAGUGCACCGAAGCCACAGCCAUACCCAGGACCGAAGGUCCAGGAAUGAGAGAUCCAACAAGGCCAAGGAGAGGUCCAGAUCCAUGGAUAACUCCAAAGGUCCUCUGGGUGCUUCUUCUCUGGGGAUGCCUGAAGACCUGGCUGAAGGCUGUAGCCAAGACGACCAGACCCCCAGCCAAUCCUACAUUGACGACAGUACUUUAAGGCCUGCACAGACUGUCAGUCAUCAAAGGGCUCACAUUUCGUCCACAAGCUACAAAGAGGUGUGUAUUCCAGAAAUAGUCAGUGGCAGCAAGGAACCUCCCAGUGCUUGCAGCCUCUUGGAGCCAGGCAAACUGCCCGAGAGUUUGCCAUCCUUUGGUGAACUCAACUCUUGUCCAACAAAAACAGCUGCAGAUGACUAUUUCCAGUGUAACACCUCCAGCGAGACGGUGCUCACGGCGCCGUCACCUCUGGGAAAGAACAAAGAGGACCAUGACACUCUGACCCUGGCGGAAGGGGUGAAAAAGCUGCCUCUGUCUGACAGGCAGGCCCCACAUCCCUCCAGGGAGCCUGUAGGACACAAGGAGGAGUCGCCAAAGGGGCCGGGCGGGGGCCCAGCGGCUUCGGGCGCUGUGGCCGAAGGGAUUGCCAAUGGACGCCUCAUCCAGCAUCACAGUGCCGAGCCCAGCAGCCUGGACAAGAGGAAAGAGAUAUUCAGCAAAGACACACUGUUCAAACCUCUUCACAGCACCUUGUCUGUAAACAGCUAUCACAAAUCAAGCCUGUCUGUCCUCAAAUCUCACCAGAAGACACCUGCGGACACACUGCCAGGCCGAUGUGAGAAACUGGAGCCGUCCCUAGGGACCUCGGCUGCACAAGCCAUGCCAGCUUCCCAGCGUCAGCAGGAGUCAGUGGGGAACCAGGAGGCCUCUUUUGACUAUUACAACGUCUCUGAUGAUGAUGAGUCUGAGGAAGGGGCAAACAAGAACACAGAGGAGGAGAAAAACAGAGACGAUGUGGGAACCAUGCAGUGGCUCCUGGAAAGGGAGAAGGAAAGAGACUUGCAGAGGAAAUUUGAGAAGAACCUCACCCUCCUUGCCCCAAAGGAGACCGACAGCAGCAGCAACCAGAGGGCCACCCAUUCGGCGCGUCUGGACAGCAUGGACAGCAGCAGUAUCACGGUGGACAGUGGAUUCAACUCCCCACGCACUCGGGAGAGCCUGGCUUCCAACACAUCAAGCAUUGUUGAAAGUAACCGUCGUCAGAACCCUACCUGGAGCCCGGCCCACGGUGGAGCUGGCCCGGCCUUCAAUUUCCGAACAAGUACGGACAGCCCCACAAAUGAAGCUGAGAAAUUACAGAAACCUUCCAGCUGCUUGCAAGCUUCUGUUACUAGCGUGUGAUAGUCAUUCUGCCUCAGAUCUCCUGUCUCAUUCGAUACAGCCAAGUUUACGGCACUGGGACUGUUGUUUACAUCUUCGGGAAGACAAGCAUCUCAACGGCAGUUUUUGUGUUGACUUAAACUGUGCUGCUAAGUAGGCUAGGGCAAAAAACAACAACAACAAAAUCUUUAUUUCAGAGUAUUGCUUUUCACAUGUAUGGCUCUGUAGCAACAAGAAUAGCAGUAGGGGUGAUAUGUAUACUUUUGCUUCACUAAUUGUAACUGAGCACACAUAGGAAAGUCUAGACACUGUCAGUGUAAUAUGCAUUUUCAAUGUCAUGCAGUUGCCAAGUCCAUUCUGAAAUGCCACAGAUGGGUGUUGCUCCCAGUCUGUGACCGAGUGGUACCACAGAACACUGAUCCUUGACGCUUCCAAAAACAAAAGACAAAACAAAACAAACACUAAGCCUCCACAAAAUGUCAAAUGCAAGGGUCUACCUUUAGGGAAAUCAAUGCCAACUGACUAAAGGGGACCCCAGCCCUUCGUGUGUGAACCGUUUAGGCCCCAGUCAUUUUGCACUGUGAGUUUUCGUGACAAGAUUUUGCAGGAGCCCGUGGAAGUGUGUCAGAAGGGGUCGUGAUCCAAAUACUGGGAGUGUUUGUUUUCAGGAUUUUAAGUGUCACAGAUGCUUGUCUGAUUUUUUUAACCUUCCAUAAUCACAAACAGGAAUAUAGGCCUUGGAAUCUGAAAUGGACAAAGGAAGGGUCUCCCAGCCUGGCUGGGGCACAGCACUAAGUGAUGGGAGAGGUAACGGGGACCUGUAGAGGUGUUCAUCAGAUACUGAAGGAAGAUCAUUUCCUCCUUGUGAUACUUGACGGUGAUGCUAUCUUACUAUAAUAGAUAUGAUAAUUUGUUUAAAAUCAAAAUGUUCUUUGUGAUACAAAUGAAGACUACGGCCUGGGGACGUUAUUCUUUCUAAUGGAAGGACAUAAAUCUAUUUUAUGUAGUUUUAAAUAGAAUGCCUAAAUUAGGCUGUGGGAGAUAAUUUUUAGUGGUUAUAGGAAAGAGCAAAUUUAGGGGGAGUUGAACUUCAGGCCUUUUAUUCCUGGGAAGAUAUCUAUAGAGAAAACUUUAAAAUACUUUUUGAUUAGAAAUAUACAUGUGCCCAUGUAAUUAACAACAGAAUGUGAUCAUUCUGCAAGUGCGGUGUCAUCCUAACUUGUACGCCCCUAAAAUUUAUUAGAAUGACAAUUAUGCAUACAUGAACUAUGCCAGAGUAAUGUUUACAGAUACUUCGUAACCCGUUCCAGGAGGCAUUUUUAGGUAGAUGUAUAGUUUUUAGCCCAACUUAUUUCAGAAUGGUUUGUUAACGUUUUGCUUUGGUUUACAAUAUGUCAUGUUGAAUACAAAGACGGUUCUCAGCAGCAAAGGGAUUACACAUAACCAAGAUUCAGCCUUCUAAGAAAGAGGCACCUCCAAGUUCCCGUGUCUUAUUUUAUGAGAACCACGGAAUAAAUCUAUAGAUAACGGAAAAUUAUCCACAAAAGGGUUACAUGUGACACAAGUAAAUGGUCUGACAGAAAGUUUUAUUUAGUUAAGUGGCAUGUGAUGUUUGGAGCCAUAUACCGUAAACUAUAUAUCCAAAAAUUUUCACCUCAGAUUUCAGCAAUUGGCAUAGAAUCUGUGAAACACUUCUGCUUCGGUAUUAGGUUGAAUCACUAGCCAUCUGUUUAAAGCGUGGAGUCAUGUACACAGUUGAACUGUUUCUUGAAACAUUUGGGUCCUUCCUCAUGCUUUUUCAGAUAUCUGGAAGUUGCAUUGGGUCAAACUGGACUCAUCAAGUUUAGCAUAGAUUCCUUUUUUUGUGCUUAUAGUGAAACGUGAGCACGUUUCUUGGCAAACUCCCGCACCUUUAAGAUGCUUAAGUCGGUUGGCUUUCAGUCUCAUGCCUUAUUUCCUCCAAGGCAUGCCUUGAUUGCUCAGAAAUGCACUCUUCUCUCACUGCUUAAAUUUGUCUGGGAGGAAUGAUAAUGUAUCAGAUAGACUAUACAGAGUCUGUUUCCUUGGGGAGUUGUAUGCCACACAAUUACUAAAUUCUUCUAAAUUCUUUUUUUUCCCCCAAACCCUGCCCUCCAGCGUCUGUCAUACUAUCAGUUCAUAAAUAAUAGAACCAUUGAAACAAUACAUCAGCCUCUAGUUGAUCCUCCUAAAGUAGCCAUUAUAAUAAUCAAAUACUGUGUGAACAGGAAAGGAAAGCAUUACCUUUAAGAGAAGCUUUAAAAUAUGAAUUUAUCAAUAUUUCACAAGAAAUAGGUUUACAGAAGACAUUGGAAUAAAAUGUGUACCACGCUUUGCCUGAUGCUAUGAGGUACAUGAUUAAAAAAAAAAAAAAAAACUCCCUUAGACCAGCAGCCAUUAGCGUAGAAAUGAUGGACUUCAAAGAGGAUAUGAUGUGAGCAGACGUUCCACGUAGAAAUAUGCCCGUCUGAAUCGAAUCGGGAUUCUUGAACGGGGGAGAAGCGGUGGCGGGAAGCACAUUACAAAUGUGACCCUAGAUGGUCUGCAGUGAUGUUCUCAGUGACCCACUCCAAGCUUUGCCAGCAUCCUUUUCCUCCAGGAAACGAUAGCUUUGUGGCCCAUGGCUGCUUAUCUAGACUUCACUUAGAGUUUAUCAACUGAAAGGUUUACAAAACUGAAUCUGGUUGAAUCUCUGUGUAGUGUUCAACUUUAAAGGGUCAACCCAUCUGUCGGCAUUUUGCACACGUAUGUAUUAUUAUGAUACAGCAUAUUACUUUAUGGUAAUUUUUAUUUUUACAUAUAACUACCUCCAUAAAUUUGAUGAAGCGGCAGCAGUGCGUUCAAGUGUAUUGUUUGGAAAAGCAAAGUUGAAAACUUUCUUAACCAUUAGGCCAUGGCGUUCUGUGUGUGUGUCAGUGAUUACGUGGACUUGUGACUGUUUCAUUGCCAUGGUUUUUCUCUGACGGCAUUAUUUCACUCUCAUCUGUAAACCUGUCUCUCUUCUUCCCCACAAAAGCACACUUGAAUUUGUUGUGAAUGAAAAAAGGAAGUUUAAAUUUCUUGUCUCCCCUGCCCCGGGACCAGCCGGGACCUCAUUCCUGCUACGAGUUCUCUCCGGCGAAGAGCCACUUGAUAAACAUAAUUUAGCAAGCUAUUGACUCCUAUAAAAUCUGAUCUGAAUUCUAGGUUUUCGGUCACAAGACACACCAGAAAUUUGGACUGCCAACUUCGAAGCACUUUGGGCCUCACUACUUGCAUGCUACCAUAUCGAGCUCAGACUUCAUUUGAAUUAAAAGAGCUGUGCGUUGUAUCCACAACUUCUGUUCCAUAACUCGUAUUUCAUUUUAUAUAUUUUGCACAUCUCAGGGGAUCUUCAUAAGCAUAUGAAAAGGGGGAGGGGUCCAUCAAAAAAAAGGAAACAAGAAGAGCAGAAAAAGGACUUAGCUGGAUAAAAUUAACAAAUGAAGGCUUCUCCAGUGUUGUGAAGUUCAAGUUCAGGAAGCAUCCGUUGAGAGUUAAUCUGGAGUCACAACAAUCUGAACACCAGCUGUUCCCCAGUCUCCCUUUUUCAUAACCCAACCAGCAUUUCUAAAAUAUAAAUUUAAAUUAUAUUGCAGUCACCAUGGGGAGAAAAAAAAAAAAAAACCUGUUCAGCGGUAACGAAAGCAUUGUUUGUUUUUUAGGUUGCACAGCUUUGUAAAAUUCUACCCAGGAUAAACCACUUAUCACCACAAAGUGUACUUGAAAAUAAAGUUUUGAACUUAAAUGAAAGGCAUAUUGCUCACAGUACAGUAGUGAUCUUGAUUUGAAAAGUCUAACAAUUUAUAACACGGGCAGUAUUUGGAGCUUGAUUAAAAACCAACAACAACCUAUGAGGACUUUGCAAACUCAUGCUGGGAUCUCAAAGUGCUUCCAAAGCAUUCGGAUUCACAAUUAACAAAGCAGGUCCUAUUUGUAAUACCCAUACUUGAAAUGAAUAAACAGGAGGAGUGACAUAAGAUUACCCAGAAACACAGUGGCAGCUAUCAGUGAUCUAUUUUCUAUCUGUUUGAUAGACCAUCAUGAGAAAUCACGAAAUACAAUGCUAUUUUUCUGAUGUGUGCUAAUAAAGUCAAAGAAAACGAAUACAACUUGAUACUUUUGUCCAUUUUCAUUCAAAAAGUUCAGGGUGUUGGGAAUUUUACAGAAAUCCACCCAAAUGCUAUUGUGGUCCAAGGUAGAUCUGGACAUACACCCUCGUUUACAGUUUCAUAUUGGGCUUCUCUAAAUCCUGUGCUAAAAUACUGUCUUUCAGGAACACGACUGCUCCUGGCAGUGGAAGGUGCUGAGACAGAAAUUUUCAUUAAAAACGUUAUCAAGUACUCUGCACAGUGCUUCUCGUUAGCACAACUGAAAUUCAGUACACUCUGUUGAGCCCUACUUUGAAGAAUCUGGAUUUCCCAGGGAAGCUGAUCUAGUUCUAAGCGUUUUUUUCUCAAAUUGUGAGAUGAAAGAUCCUGGUCGGGGACCUUCUCCGUGUAUCACAGGCCAGUCACAGAACCAGCUAUCAGUGCGCUGUCAGGUGACAGUGGACCCCCGCAGAAGCGAUCCCUUCCUUCCCCCCCGACUCCCCAGGCCCCUCCCACCCAUACUCUUCUGUUGAGCAAAUUUCUGCACACGUUGAGGGCUUAAGGAAGCUAGAACACAGGAAAAAUGAAUGCAAAAGCCAUGGAAGACAUUGCUUUGCUCUGGGUUAGUAAAAUACGGGCAGGAAAGAGGUUACUAUCAGUCUGAUCUUUGCCAAGUAAGAAAAGAAUCAGCCAUCACUCUGUCAACUCUCUCGGAAGGUCUUACAGUAUUAAGGAUACAUCCAAUGUUUUGCCAUAGAAUUUUAUUUGGGAGACAUUUCAUAAGUUACAUCCAUGAGAAAGUUCGUUAUUAAAUUUCCCGGUGUGUUGGAAAUAGACAUUGGCGUCUCCCUGAUGGAGUUAAUCUCUGCAUCUUUUACAGCAACAUCCCAGGGAGGGAUUCCCCAGCCAGUGCCCCUCUCACACAGAAUCCUGUGUUCUUACACUUGUGCUAGGACUUACAGUUGCUGAUUUGCAAGGUUCAGAAUUCUACAAGGCACAAGGGGAACUAAACCUUCUGAUGAUGAUUGUGUAUUUAUGAUCAGUUACAGGGCUUUGUCUGCUCGUUGCUGGCUUCAAAUGUGAACACACACACACACGCACACACACGCACACACACACGCCCUGCCAACUAGGGAAAGGGGGUUUCCUAGGUGAGGCGGCAGUGACUCUGGAAGCCAGUGUAAGGCUAAGAGCUUGCUUGGUCCGUGUACGGCUGCCUCCCUCCCUGUCCAGAGGCUGGCUUUGGCAUGCCUAUUCCCUUGCGCCCACCAAAAAGAGCUACCAAAUCUGAGAUCUGAGGUCUCCUCCAACACGAAUCCUCUGCAGUUACAGGAAGUUCAUCUUGGUGUACGCACUUACGGCUCCUUGCUUCCGAGGUCCACCCUCCCUGCCUCCUUCCCAUCCCCCCACUUACAUACCGAUACACCGCCGUGGUUUCCACAUUGGAAGGGCAAAGCAGUGUGUGGUAUUGUGCACACAAGGAUGGGUUAGGACUAGAGCUGCCCUAGGGUCACCUUCAUGUAAGUACUGACAGCUACAAAUUAAGGUCCUUAGCGUAGUUGACAUAGAUACAACUGUCUAGAAGAGAAUUAAAUUUCAACAUUCAGUUUAAAGGGAUCAUAAUUCUGCAGGUAUCUUUCUCUGAGUGACUGAAUGUGACUAUUGCAUUAGGGUAAAUGAAUUAAGAAGUGCAAGUGGGAUUUACUGUAUGUUAGAAAGGAGUUUUGCAGCCAAGACUGCCUUGAAUAAAAUGUGUUUGCACUGAAAAAAAAAUUUUUAAAUGACUUGGUCUCUGGUUGCUGUAAAGGUCAUCCAAGAUGGAUGUUCUGUUUAUAUUGUAUAGUAUUUCAUAUGAAAUAAUUACAGUUCAUGAAAUGUCUUCCCUAAUGUUACUGAUUUAUAACAGCACAUUUGUAACAUGGUUUUUAUCGUGUCAGUGUACCAUAUUGUAAAUGAUGAUUACUUGUCAUGCUUAGUAUAAUAACUUAAAAGAAAAAAAAGCACAGGGAUUUUUGUAAGUCUAUAUUUGAAAGUCCCUCCAUAUGGUAAUAUUGUGUUCAUGUUUAUGUAGUGUUGUGUGAAAUAUCCAUUUUGGAUUGUGUUACUUUUUAAGAUAUUAAAUAACAUUUGGUUAUAUGUCUAAGUGGAUUUUUUUUUUUUUUAGUACUUGAGAGAAAAUACCUUACAUGAGACCACUUUAUUUCUCUCCUCAAUUAAUUUGAUGUCAUAACAAAUUUUUAUUGCACAAUCUUGGUUAUUAGAGCUUUUGAAUUAAAACAACUGAAAAUGGAAAUUUCUGAUCAAAAUUUUUCGAGGAAUGUUGAAAAAUCCCAUUUUUAGCUAGCUAUUCGAAUUGGAGACUGAGUGAGGCUUAUGGAUGCAUAUAAUUAAGUUUUAUAAAUGAAAUUAUAAUGUGGUUGGUUUUCUCGUUUUGUUCUGUUAUCACUCAUAUCACAACUGCUACCCCCAAACAAAUGUGAUCCCCUCUCCAGAACGUACUCAGAGGCUACUCACGUCUUCCAGUGAGGCCCUGGCACCAGUUUGGAGUGCUUCCAUGUUUAAUUGCCCUCAGAGUCUAUUCUGCACUGCUCUGACUCUCCCCAGUGGCGGCGAGAGUCACCACUGCCCUGGGGGAAUGCACCUGAUUUUUGCAAACCAAAAGUUAUCUGCUGUCAAGCAGACGGUUAAGCUAGGAAACAACAUUAUUAGUCAAAACCAGUAUAUGGAGCUGUAACGUUGAGCCUAAUUGUCUCGUAAAGGCAAUACUCAAAGCAGGCUUCCCAAAAUGUCUUGAACCAUGACAGUGUCAUUUGGGUAAGUGUGGAAAACCCAAGGUGACUACUUUGAAGGACAAGCCUUAUUUUAGUUAUGUUAAGUUUGUCUAUAUGUAUUUUAAACUGUCUCAAUACAGACGCUUCAUUUUUUUUCAAGCAUGGAGCUAGGAAAAACAAGGAUGCUGGAAGUACAUUGUGAGUUUUCUGCUAGGACCAAAAACCUCUGUGCUGGAGGAGAGGUAAUUGUCUGUUCCUUUGAGAACCUUCCAGUGAGCUGCACACAUGAAGGAAAUGUAGUGACUCACUAAGAAGCUGGAAGGCAGGAUUCUGACUCCUUUGCAAGAAUGGUCACAGUUCAUAAAAAUCUUUUCUUUCCAAAGGAAAUGGUGUGGUUUUAAUUUAUUUUUAAGUGUUUGGAGUGGUUGGGGGUUUUUUCCUCUGUAAAGAAAAUCCAAGAGAGUCCUUGGUAUUUGCCAUCUCUGUUGUUACAGCUGUGGAAUCGAGAGCCACUGAAUAAUAAAGUUAUUCACCUGGUGACUUUAA